AUACAGAGUAGUUAGACGCACAUUAAUACGAAUUCAAUUCACAGAGCUAAACUGAGAUUCAGCCAUGGCGGUGGAGAGCGUUAUCGGAGCGGAUAUCUACAAUCUGCCGGAGGAUUGCAUAGCCACCGCGCUGUCACUGACGACCCCUAAGGAUGCUUGCCGUCUUAUGCUGGUAGCAUCAAACUUCCGUUCCGCGGCCCAAUUCGACGCCGUCUGGGAGCGGUUUUUGCCGCUCGAUUACCGCGAUAUUAUUUCCCGUGCUGCCAACAGCGGCGAUUUGCUCUCUUUUGCUUCCAAGAAGGACCUCUACUUCUACCUCUGCGACCAUCACAUCAUUAUCGACGACGGCACCAAGAGUUUUUCACUGGAGAAAGAGAGUGGGAAGAAAUGCUACAUGUUAGCUGCAAAGUCACUGCAAAUUGUUUGGGGCAACGAUGCCAGAUAUUGGAAAUGGAUUUCUCUUGCGGAAUCAAGGUUCUCUGAAGCUGUGGAGCUACUUGAUGUAUGUUGGUUUGAGAUUUGGGGCAAGAUUAAUACAAAGAUGCUUUCUCCAGACACCAACUACGCAGCAUACCUCGUGUUCACAGCCAGACCAGGCAUUACAGGUUUCGAAUCCCAACCGCUCGAGGCUUCAAUUAGGAUUGGCGAGCAGGAGGCUACAACCAGGACUGUUUAUCUGGAUCCCAAAGGAAUGGUGUCCUGGCCAAGGCACAGCCUUGGUUUUCAUCACAAUGAACCUCAGUGGGCACGGCGAAUGGGGCUAUUCCGUAGUCGGACACUACAGAACGCGAAUGCAGCAGCAGCUCCAGAGAACAAUGGUGAUGAACAUCCGAAGAAGAGAGAUGAUAAAUGGAUGGAAGUUGAACUAGGAGAGGUUUUCAUCAGAGAUGGUGGAAAAGAAGAGGACUGCAUAGACAUUAGUUUGAAGGAAGUGAAGGGAGGGCAUUGGAAGAGUGGGAUCAUUGUGUUGGGGAUUGAGAUCAGGCCAAAAUGGUCCAAAUGAUCAGUAGCAGAAUAUAUAUAUGAAGAAGAAUUAAUAUUUGAUGCAGUGGUUGCGUUGUAUCAAAUCUUAAUUCUUUCUCCAACAUAGAAACAUUUUGAUAAACUUGUUCAAUGGGAAAAUCUAUAAUUAUUCAUGGCUUCAUUGCCUUCUGUACUCAUAGCAUUUAUUCACUUUAUUAGAGUCUGCUUCCUUAUUACCAUUUUAAAAUUCCAUUUCAUAUUGAAGAGAAAAUGCCCCUAAA